CGACUCGCACCUGACAAGAUGGCUGCCCCGGAAGCUUCGAUGCCCACCUUUAAGCUCGUCCUCGUCGGCGACGGCGGCACGGGCAAGACGACCUUUGUCAAGCGUCACUUGACCGGCGAGUUUGAGAAGAAGUACAUCGCCACUCUCGGUGUCGAGGUCCACCCCCUCACGUUCCACACCAACUUUGGCACGAUCUGCUUCAACGUGUGGGACACGGCCGGCCAGGAGAAGUUCGGCGGCCUCCGCGACGGCUACUACAUCCAGGGCCAGUGCGGCAUCAUCAUGUUCGACGUGACGUCCAAGAUCACGUACAAGAACGUGCCCAACUGGCACCGCGACCUCGAGCGCGUCUGCGAGAACAUCCCCAUCGUGCUCUGCGGCAACAAGGUCGACGUCAAGGAGCGGAAGGUCCAAGACGGGCGCCGUCACCUUCCCCCCGCAAGAAGAACCUCCAGUACUUUCGAGAUCUCGGCCAAGAGCAACUACAACUUCGAGCGCCCGUUCCUGUGGCUCGCGCGCAAGCUCGUCGGCAACGCCCACCUCGAGUUCGUCGCCGCCCCGGCGCUCGCGCCCCCCGAGGUCCAGGUCGACGCGAACCUCAUGAGCCGUUACGAGGCGGAGCUCACGGCAGCGGCGGCCGCCCCGCUCCCGGACGAGGAGGACAACGACUUGUAGACGCAGCCUGUCGCGUCUUCCGUGUGUUGCAUGAAGUUUGUUUCGCUUU